AUGUCUACAAGUAGUGACGAUCAAUCUGAUAAGGAGGUAAGAAUUUUCCAGAAGUUUUCUGAAAUUUUGUAAAAAUUUGCGAUUUUUCAGUGUCCUUUGUGUAUGGAAGUUUUAGAGUUGGAUGAUAUCAACUUCUAUCCAUGCAAAUGUGAAUACCAAGUGAGUUAUUUUUCAAAAAAAAUUGUUUUUAUUGUCGCCGAAAUUUAUCGAAAUAAGGUAAUCAAGAUAAAAUCUACAAGAGUUUCGGCCUUGGAAAAUGUUUUCUUUACGGUUUUCAGAAAAGGGAACUAACGAGGGAACUUAGAUUUUCAAUAAAAUAUAUGUUUUCCAUUAGUUUCCGACCCGCUGAUCACUAUUCCGUUGUCUGAAAUUGCUAAACUCACCUUCUAAUAUGAGUUAUGACGUUGCAAAGUUGGAAAAUUUCAAAAAAUCGGGACUUUAGGAGCUGAAUACUAGCUUCUAAAAUGUGUUCAGCUCCUAAAGUCCAGAUUUUUCGAAAUUUUCCAACUUUGCAACGUCAUAACUAAUAUUAGGUUGGGUUUACCAAUUUUAGACAACGGAAUAAUGAUCAGCGGGACGAAAACUAAUGGAAAACAUAUAUUUUAUUGAAAAUCUAUAGUAAACCCUUGGGAAAUUUUGCAGAUUUGCCGGUUUUGCUGGCAUCGCUUGCGCACCGACGAAAAUGGAUUAUGUCCCGCCUGUCGGCAACCGUAUCCAGAAGAUCCGGUGAAUUUCAAACCAAUGUCAAGUUCCGAUGUUCAACGGCACAAAGACGAAAAACGAAUGAAGAAGCAAGCGGAGAAAAUGCGAAUUUCUGAAACACGUCAACAUUUAGCCAAUUAUCGAGUGUUGCAAAAGAAUUUGGUGUAUGUUGUCGGGUUGUCGUCGCGUGUGGCUGAUGUGGAAAUACUGAAGAAACCCGAGUAUUUUGGGAGAUAUGGUAAAAUAUUGAAAGUGGUGACGAGUGUGGCGCCGAGUGUUUAUCCGCAUCAACAUUUACCGCCGAGUCAUACGGCGUAUGUGACGUAUAAAAAGGUUGAGGAGGCGCUGAGAGCGAUUCAGGUGAGGAUUGGGGAAGUUUUUGUUUUCUAGUAAAUUUUUGUCUAAAAGUGGAAAACUUUUGAAAAAUUGGGACUUCAGGAGCUCAAAACUAAAUUCAAAAAUGAUUUUCAUUCAAAUCUGAUAGCAUUGGGUUGUUCAGGAGCCUCGAUUAUUUAAGAUCAAAGAUUUCACAGAACAAAUUUUUUUUUCAAAAUUGAUCUAACAAUGAAAAGAUCUCAGUUUUGAAAAAUUAUUUUUGUUCUGUGAAAGCUUUGGGAUUUUAGAAUGAACCUUCCGAUCUUAUGUAAUCGAGACUCCUGAACAACCCAAUGCUGUCAGAUUUGAAUGAAAAUCAUUUUUGAAGCUAGAUUUCAGCUCCUGAAGUCUUUUUGCCACGUCAUAACUCAUGUUAGAAGUUUGCUUUUGCAAUUUUAGAUAAUGGAAUAGUGAUCAGAGGGUCGGAAAGUACUAGAAAACAGAAAAAAAAACUUUUGAGCUGAUAAAAAAUAGGAUUUUCACGUGAACUAUAUGACGUGGAAAUUUAGAAUUUGCAUUUCUAAAUUCAAUUUUUUUGCAGGGAGUUAAUAACGCGUACUUGGAUGGUCGGUUAGUGAAAGCAUCGCUAGGUACAACCAAGUACUGUUCCUCAUUCCUUCAAUCGCGAAAGUGUUUCAAACCGGUUAGUUUUUUCUUCAAUUCUCUCUUCCAUAUCAUCUCCAUGUUUAUUGCAGGAAUGUAUGUAUUUACACGAAAAUGCGGACGCUGAAAUAAGUUUCACAAAAGAUGAUAUGCAUGCUGGAAAGCAUACGGAUUACGAGAAACGGCUGAUUGAAACGGUACUCAGUCGGCCACCGCCGUCAAAUCCAACGGUUGCUAAUAUUAUUGAGAAGAGUAUAUCUUUAAGGUGAGCAAUUUCGAAUACAAGGGAAAGGUCCCGGAAUAAACCAAAUCGACCAUGCUGAUCACGAAUCCGAAGUCAAAAAUUGCCACAAGUGCCUGUGAACACUUUUCUGAAGCUCGAGCCCAUUUUCACCAUGUUCCCGGGUGGAAAAUCAACUUUUAUAGGCUGAAUGAGGUCUUUUUUGUUUAUCAAAAAAUAUGAAAUAUCAGCUGAAAACCACACCUCGGCCAAAAUCGUGGUUUCCACAAUAAAAAAUUGUACGCUAACUUUUUACAGUACAAAAAUUGUGAAUUUUUCAGUUUUUGUCCUCUAAAAUUUGUGAUUUUUCAAUUUUUGACCUCUAAAACUGAAAUUCAGAUUUUUCCAAAAACGGUACUCUGGCCAGCCACGGCUUGGCCGAGGUGUGCUGAAAACUGUGAUUUUUAAUAAAUUCCCAAAAAAAAUUUCAUGAAUUUAUCAAAAAUUACAGUUUUCAGCUGGAAAACUAAUAGGUUUUCGAAUGUGGUGAACAACCUCUUUCAGCCUAUAAAAGUUGAUUUUCCACCCGGGAAAAUGGUGAAAAUGGGCUCGAGCUCCAGAAAAGUGCUCACAGGCAUUUGUGGAAAUUUUCGACUUUGUAUUUGUGAUCAGCAUGGUCGAUUUGGUAUAUUUCGAUAUGUGUCAUCAAAAUUUUAGAAGAAAGUUGGGGAAUUUCACCGGAUCUUGCUGAAAAAAGUAAACUUUUCAACAAAAAAAAUAAUUUUCAGUCCCGUCAAACCAAAACCGCCACAAACCGUCAAACUCAUAUCACAUUGGGAUCAAACAGACAACGAUGGAGGCGAUGAAAUGGAUGAGGAGCGAACAGGCUCACCAUCUGCAGAUAAUCUUGCGAAUGAAGAUUCAUCAUCGUCUUCUGUCGAAGAUCCAGCGCCAUCAAAUCCACAAGAAGUUGAGACACAUCGACAUGCUCAACGGGAAAGGCAGUGGAGUGAAAGAGAUGAGACACAAAGUCAUUCACCGCCAACUGAUCCGGAAGCUGAUAUUGAUCGAUUAGAUGAUUUGAUGUCACAAUUGCAUACAAAUCAAGAAAAUGAUGAUGAAAGGGAAGAUGAUGCGUAUAGUUGUUUUGGAAUACCGGCUCCACUUGCACAACAAAACGAAGCACCCGCACCGCUUGUCAAUUGGCAAACGCUUCUUGGUUUAUCACCGCAACAACCAAUGGUGGCACCGAUUGUGAAUACCGAUUCGCUAUUCUCCUCAUUCACAUCGGCCUUCAAACCACAGCCACCGACACAACAACAAAAACCGAAAAGUCCACCACCGGGACUUGCCAGAUAUGGUUCGGAUGAUGAGUUGGGUUUCGAUCCGUUUGUUGAGUCAGCGAAAGGAUUGUCGGAUUUAUUGCGAGAGGAAAGCGAGGAUUAUCCGGCAUUUGGUGGAGGAUUGUUUGGCGCGUCGAGUGGGUUGAAUUAUCAACAGCAACAACAGCAGCAGCAGCAGCAACACAAUUCUUUGUCACAGUGAGUUUUCAAGACCAAAUUUUUGAUGAAAAAUUGGGAAAAAAAACUAGAAAUAUAACCCCAAUAUCAAAGUUCCUUGGAAAAUGCAUUUUCUUAGCUCUUGAGCAAGAAAAAGACUCUUUCUUUUUAAAAGAGCAUUUCUAAUAUUAGGGAUAUUGAUUUUCAAGUUUUUUGAAUCUUCAAAAUUCUAGAACUGAAAAUACAGCCAAUUCCAAUUUUUGAAUAAAUAGGUAGAAAUCUGGGAAAAAUUUCGUUGAGAAACUCAGAAAAUCGAUUCAAUGGCCCUAAUUUAUGUCAAUUUUUUAAAUUCCCAAAAUUCUAGAACUGAAAUUACGGAGCCAAUUUUCAGAAAUUCACUCUCUAGGUUUUUUUUUUCAAAAAAUUACAAUAUUUGCCAAAAUUUGAAAACUAAUCUCUCAUUUGAUCACAAACAUUUGAAAUUUAUGUUUUUCUGACUCAUCGUGAUGAAUAAUAAUGUAUGUUUUCAAAAUAUAACAGAACUUUUUAAUAAUAUUGAAAAUUUUGAUAUUUAACGGGGAAAAUGAAAAAUGACCUAGACAAAAAAUGUUCUAGAAGUUUAUAAUUUUUUCUUGUGAAGUCUGAAAAAAAUUUCUGUCUCGAAAUUGUCUGUAACUACCAUACGUCGCAUGCGUGGGGUAAUCGACCCGAGGAGGGGUUAUCACUCACCCCAGUUUUUGGAAGGGAAUGUCACUUGAGAAAACAUUUUGAAGAAUUUUUCUGAGUUUUGUACUCUAACACUUAUUGGGAGUGAUUAAAAUUUCCACGAAUUUUGAUUUCAAAAUGUUCAUCCAAAUUUUGAGAAUUUUGGUUUUGAAUCAAAACUUUUGAUCUAUUCUCGAAAUUACUAUUACUUCUACAAAACAUUGAAAAAAAUUGAAAAUAAAUUAUAUCAAAAUUUUGAAACGUAUUUUUUUGUUUUAGAAAAAUUAGAGUUUUUGAAUCAAAAUUUGACUCAAAAGCGGUGAAAAUGAGAAUAUUUGCCGAAAUGAAGCUCAAAGUUUAUCAAAAAAUGUAGAUUGUCAAGUUUAUAUGCUGAAAAUGAAAAAGGAAAAGGGGGAGGGGUUAUCCCUUUGCCAGAAAUUUUCAAAAAUAGGGGUGUGCACUGGUGGAUUUGAAACGAGGCUUUGCGACGUAUGAAUCUGACAGAAAAAACUUUCUGAACUUUUAAGGAAACCUGCAAAAUCUAAAACUUAUGUUUAAUUUUUCUAGAUUGCUCCAGCAACAUCAACAACAGCAGCAACAUCAAUCCCUAUUGCACCAAAUUCAUCAGCAACAACAACAAGCUGUAGCUGCGGCCGCUGCAGCUGCACAACAAGCACAAGCACAUCAACAAGCACAACAGCAGCAGCAGCAACAACAAUUGGCUGCAUCUUCGUCACUUUGGUCAUCAUCUCCAGCACAUUCGUUGUUUUCGAAUGGUUUGUCGAUGCAAUCACAGUUGUCGAUAUUGCAACAACAACAGCAGCAGCAACAACAACAAUUGCAACAUGAUCAAUUUGCGAUGAGCUCGUAUUUCUUGAGACAACAACAAAUUGCACAGGUAUGGUUUUAUUUCUGGGAGAGAAUCUUGAGAAAGAAAAAAUAUUUGGAAGAAUCUUUAUCCUUAAUUUAGAAAAUUGAAAAAAUGUUGAUUUUUAAAAUCUUUAUUUUCAAUUUUGAAAAAUUUAGAAAAUUAAAAAAAAAGUUGAUUUUCAAAAUCUUUAAUUUCAUUUCUUUGAAAAAUUCAAAUUUCAUUUUUAAAAAAGAUGGUUCGAAUAGUUUUCAAUUUUUCGAAAUAAUAUCGACCCUCGAAGAGCACAAAAAUCGAGAAUUUUCGGAAAAUCGUGUUUUUAGAGCCCAUAACUUGUGUUAGAGAAGAUUUUAUCAAAAAUUGAUUACAAGGCGAUGUUCAGGACGGUUGAUUUACCAAAGUAAAAUUUAAAGGUCAAAUUUUUUAUAAAAUCUUCUCUAACAUGACGUCGCAUAGCCUCAUUCCAAAUCUACCAGUGCAUACCCCUAUUAUUGAAAAUUUCUGGCAAAAGGGAUACCCCCUACCAUUCUUCCUUUUCCUUUUUUAUUUGCAGCUGUAAAAACUUUAUAAUCAAAAUUUUUGUUAAAAUUUGAGCUCAAAAUUGCUUCACUUCGACAAAAUCUCAUUCUUAUCACUUUUGAGUCAAAUUUUGAUUAAAAAUUCCUAUUUGUCAAAAACAAAAAAAAAUACGUUUCAAAAUUUUGAUAUAAUUUAUUAUCAAAUAUUUUUUCAAUGCAAUUUUCAAGAAUAUCAAAAAAAAAUCAAAAAGCGAAGUUUGAAAGACUUUCGAGAUUCUCAAUGUUUAUAGCUUUAACGUGUCCAUUUCAAAACCCGGGGGUUUUUUCUUGAUCUUUGGGAUUUCGUAUUGAGAAUAAAUUAAAACCAAAAUUCUCAAAAUUUGGAUGAAAAUUCUGAAAUUAUCGAUAGAUAGAGUACAAAAAUGAGAAAAUUUCUUCAAAAAGUGUUCUGAAGUGACAACCCCUCCUUGGGUCGAUUACCCCACACAUGCGACGUAUGAACAUGAGUUAUGGGCUCUCAAAACCCCGCGAUUUUCAGGAAAUUCUCGAGUUUUGUGCUCUUUGGAGAAUCGUGACAAAAUUCGAUUUUGAAAAUUGGAAUCUAAUAAAAAAUUUUUGAAUGAAAUUUGAAUUUUUUCAAAAUAAUUUUGAAGCUUCAAAAAAAUUAGGAAUAUUUUUAUUUUCCAAUUUUUUGCAGGCUCAAGCCGCCGCCGCUGCUCAACAGCAACAUCAACAGCAGCAACAGGCACAACAACAGCAACAUUCUUCAUAUUAUCAAGAAAUCGCAGCAGCUCGACACGCAGCCGCACAAGCAGCAAGUUCAUCGUUAUUCUCACAAAUGCAGCAACAUCAGCAACAAGAGAAUAAUUAUGGUGUAGCUCCGCCACCUGGAUUGGCCCCACGAUCCAAUGGAAAUAAUUCGCAAAGUGCCGCUCCACAACAAUCACUUCAAGAGCAAUUCAAAUCAAUGUUGCCCAAUGUGAAUGUUCGAUUUAUGGAUGAUUCGUCAAUGUCGAGAUGGUCGCAUGAGAACAGUCUGAGAUCUUCUUCAUCGGCGUUGGCUCCACCACCAGGAUUUUCGUCGGUUUCGCUCAACAAUCGAUAA